AUGUCGGAUUCUACAGAGCACGAUUCAACAAUAUCGCCUGGCUCAACUGCCGCCUCGAGGGAUAUAAGACUGGAAUACUUCGACUACUUAAUUGGCCCAUCAACGCUUCAGCCAGACAUCUUCAAGCUACAGGGUUGCCCUGAUCGUGGCCGAGGGAAGGUGAGAGGCGGCCGACGGAUCGCAGCUGUGCGGAGCGAUAUAAAAGCUUCAGCUUCACCGGACAGGUUUGUCCCAUUGCGAGAGCCGAUUGACGCCCCAUCUACCCCAUAUAGGGUUGGAAAGGACCCCCAAGAUCUGUCACCCGAGGAAAAGCUCUUCCGCCGCCGCUCACCAGGAGAGGACCCUUUCACACCAAAGAAAAUUCGAAGAACAAAGAGUGCUACAAGACCCGGCCGUGUCUUUAGCCCACACUUUGGACCUCAUCUUGUGGGUGACUCAACUGUAUCCGGAAGAUCAGUCUCAACUGGGACCAGAGAUGGGACGAGACGAGUUAGCAACGGGGCAAUUUGGACCGUUGGUGGAACAUCAGCUGCUCUAGGUAGACGGUCAACCGUCUCUCCAGAUGGCCGUAGGAGCAUAUUUGCUAGUGGAACCACAGCUCCCAUGUAUACAGCCAAGUUUCUGCCACAGACUCGCUCUUCAACAGAGGACCGCUUGACAUAUGAGUCUAGGAUUGCUCUUGCACUGGAGAUUGAUACUGCAUCGAAAGUCCUCAGCAACUCCAAGCUCAUGUCGAUAUCUGACCCUCUACCAAGCCCAUCAUCUCCAGCGUUCGAUCGACUCUCACCACUGGUAUGGAAAGACAAUGCUUGGAGGAGGGUAGAGCGCGGUCAAUUUCCGAGUCUUCCCUUUCGAACUCUGGAUGCUCCUCUCCUGCGUGACGACUUCUACUGUUCGACGUUGGCAUACUCCAGCAUCGCUGGGACUCUUGCUGUUGGAUUAGGGCACCGCGUUUACCUAUGGUCUGAGGCUUUCGGCGUGCAGCAUCCGCCACUCGGGGAACAUGACCCCUCGAAUUAUGUGACAUCUCUGUCAUUCUCGUCCGAGAAUGGCGGUAGAAGUAUUUUGGCUGUGGGUAGGAAGUCCGGCAUGCUGAGCUUGUGGAGCACAUUCGACUCGGAUGUGCGCUUCGAAAUCAGCCAUUCAAGCACUAUUACGUGCGUUGCGUUUAAACAGACAAAGUCAAGAAGGGUUUCAGAAAGGUUUGAAGACACUGAAGUGGAUGCAGAAGAUCUUGCAGUGGGAGAUGAUCUUGGAAAUAUUUGGUACUACUCGGUAGAAUGGCCAGAUGAGGAAGCAAGAGACCGGUUUGGCUGGCAUGGUAGAGUCACCCUGCUCGCCAAGAUAUCAGCUCAUACGCAGCAGAUAUGCGGCAUCGCAUGGUCACCAGACGGGGCCUAUCUGGCUACUGGCGGCAAUGACAACGCCUGCUUAUUAUUCGAACUCUCGAACAUCAUCCCUGCGCGGGAGCUUGGUGUUUCUUCUAGAACGUGCUUGCCACAUCAGAAUUGCCAUCCUGAAGGCAUCAAUUGCCCCAAUUCGUUUACUUGUUUUGCUGCAAAUGCUAGCCGACGGCUAUUUAAUCAGCGUAAUUUGCUGAGCAAUUUGCUUCCAACAUGGACUUCUUCUCGCACAAGAUCGUUGUCAUCUUCUCUUCCUUCAGUCUUGACCCAUACCGGAUCAGUCGUUUCCGGAGGUGACCGAACUGUCUUUGUCCCAGCAAAUCGCCAAAAGCAUAGAUUGACCCAUGCCGCAGCCGUUAAGGCUAUUGCGUUUGCUCCGUGGCAGCCAUCUUUAUUAGCCACUGGAGGGGGCUCCAACGACCGGGCUAUUCAUUUCUUUCAUACUCCCUCAGGUGCAUGUUUGGCUACCAUCAACGUGUACGCUCAGGUCACUAGUCUUAUCUGGAGUAAAACGCGAAGAGAGCUGGUUGCAACGUUUGGGUUCGCGCAACCGGAACAUCCGUUUCGAAUAGCUAUCUUUGCAUGGCCGAGCUGUGAACAGAUUGCAGCAAUACCCUGGGGGCCUCAUGGUACUAGCUGGGAUAGACCCUCCAACGAUACUGUUGUCGAUUGCGGACGCGCACUUUGUGCUGUUAGCUACCCUGGAAGGCCUCCCACAUAUAUUGUCGACGACUUAGAUAUACCCGAAGAAGCCUCAAGUUCCACUUCGCAAGCCCAGGGUAACCAAGCGCGAGAAGACAGAGCAAGGGUAACUCGGCGUCUGACGGGGAGGGGAGUGGUGCGUCCCAGGGCCAAAGAAGGCGGCCUGUGGUGCUCACGCACAGUGGAAGAAGGGUGCAUUAUUGUAGCAUCCAGUGACCAAAGCGUCAAAUUCCAUGAGGUAUGGAGUAGCUCGGCCAGUCAUAAAUCCUCAACGUCCGGCCCGUAUGGAGGUAGUGAAAUUCUCGAAGGGCUGGAAGGGCUUGAGAAUCCGGGGCGAGAGAUUAUUCGUUAG